AUGUUUCGAUCUCAAAGUCAAACUACAUUAUCAACACUAAUACAUCCACAACAAGAAGCAGGACAAGAUGAUUCAGAUAUAGUAAGUCUUUUAUCAGACUCAACACUAAUAAAUCCUACUUUAUCUAUUUUUAAUCAUCCAUUACAACAAUAUACAACUCAUAACACAAUACCAAUAAUAUCAAAAUUUUUAUCACCAGGUGUUGAAUUGUAUAAUUCUUACGGUAGUUUUGAAUCAAAUGCUGCUCCUAUAUUAUCUACAAAGUUUAAUUUGUUAAAGUCCAACUUUUUAAAUAUUUAUAAAGAAAAACAAUUAUUUUGCAAAGUAGAUUUUAAAAUCCAUUCAAAUUAUAUUACAUACUAUGUUUUAACCUUUCAAAAUGAGGUGGUUUAUUUAAUAAUGAAUAAUUCAAAUUACCCAACUAUAGAUUUUGCAUUUUGUGGAUCAUUUUUUAGAAUUAUGGGAAUAACUGGUACUACAAGUAGUCUAGGAAGUGCAAAUUUGAUUAAACUAUUUAUAAUGAGAAGUGAGAAAGGAUUAUUAUGUGAUGGUAUUGAAAUUGAGAGAGGAAAGAGAUUAAAGAUCGAUAAUGAAUUGCUGAAUUUGAUUCAGAAUGAUAUGAGUAAAGUAAAAGGAUAUAUACAUAGUAGUACCCCAUUGAUUGGUGUUCCAUUAGCUACUUUUGUUGAUUCUGGUGAUGUCAAAGUAAAUAAGAAUGGUGGCAGGUAUGUUAAACAUGGGUAUAUUCAAUUAUUUGAUUAUUUGAAUGAAGAAACUGUAAGUGAGCAUAUGUUGAUGAUUUGUUGUAUAUUAUUGACGUUAAGAGAACAAGAGUAUAGAAAAUUCAAAGGUGAUAAAAAGAGUAAUUAUGUUGGUUGA